AUGGAUGGAACAGCAAGUUUGAACAAUGAGACGCCAGGCGACCGGGCCCGCAAACGAGGCAAUGAGCUGUUUUUGAGCCGCGACUACAGAGCAGCAAUCAAGGAGUAUCAGAAGGCAGCAGAUCUCGCACCCGAGGAUUAUCGACCAUGGUGGAACAUGUCCGCUGCACAUUUCGAACUUGGCCAUUAUGAGCCCGCAACCGCGUCGGCCCAGAAAGCGCUUCACCUCCCGCAGCUUCUUGAUGAAGCAGCUAAACAAAAGAUAAGGGUUCGUCUUGCAAAAGCAUACUUAUACCUCAAGAAUCAUCAAGAAGCUCGCAUCGUGAUCAAGUCUAUGCCGGCUGGUGAUGAUCAGCAAGAACUCGAGAGAGCCGCGAACGAAGCAGAGAAAUCCGAAGUAGCUUUCAAACAUUGCUGGGCUGCCAAAGAACGUAGUGUAAGGCGUUUGCCGCACUACAAGCCAUUGAUCCGGGAUGUACCCAUCUUCUUUUCAAUGGGUCAUGACCAGGCAACUGCGUUGUACGAUCCCCUUCUUCUUGGCCUAGCAGAGAAGGGAGAGACGCUAGCAUACUUAUUUGGUGGCAUUGGUGAUGCGCGGAAUCUGUUUCAAACGCUUGUUCCCAUCCCCUGGCUUGAGCAUGCCUCUAAACGAAAGCAUUCAUUCCAUUUCACGAUCAACGAUAUCAAGCCAGAGGUGUUUGCAAGGGAUUUGUUGUUCUUCAUCCUUCUUGAUGAAGUGGCCAAUGAGAUUCCCCCCAAGUACCUCAAAAUUAAACCCGGUGAGAAGAACAAGGAAGUCGACGACCUAGAACUAUCUUUCACAGCCACAAGAAACCUGACGACAAUCUUCUACGCAUACGCUGCGCAAUUGAUGCCGCCUAAUGUCUGGGAGCACCUUCUAGCUACUAUUCAAGUUGCUAUCGAUGCUCUUCAGGAUUCUAAAGACUACCCAACGAUGAUCGCCGUGUUGGAAUCCUGGCGCACCGAUGUUCCAGCGACGUAUUCGGUUCAUGAUUUCUUACAAAGCCGAAAUACUCGCCUUCGAACUCAAAUGGAUUUUGCCCAGCGAUUUGGAAUGCAGGUUACCGAUUUCCAGAUGCCUAGCCCCGAAGGAUGUGAGGCAGAUAUAACUGAUUAUCGAGCUUCGGGCUUCCUAAAGCCACCCAAAGAGAUGAUGACACCUGAUUUGCAAGAGAUACUUGAUUCAGAGUAUCGGUCGCCCGGUCUAAAAAAGCAUGUCGCGGACCAAUGGAAGAUCAACUCUACCUUGGUGGAUUUGCAGUACCUUCGCCAAGGCGGCAUUGAUCUUGACCCCGGAAACGACGUCGCAGAGAUCGAAGAUGGUCUGUAUGGCGCAACAAUGUGGCGUGCACCAAAGAAUUCGAGCAAGAUCUACGAUUUAGUUUAUCAUUUCUUUGUUUCAGUUGCCAAAGGGUUAGCACAAAUCCGUGAGCGGCUUGUUGUUGAAGCAAUUUCAGGCGACAUCACCGAAGUCAUUGAAGGCAUACGAUUCGGGCUUCUGAAAGAACGCAACACAACGUUCCCGAGAAAGUACGAUCGUAUUCAUCUGAGCAAUAUCCCUGACUACACCGGCGGCAGUCUGUUCAAGUAUGUACAUGCAUUGCCAUUACUCAAAGAGAAGUUUUCCUCGUUUGUAUGCUCUACCAAUCUGCGAAACGGAACGAAGUUUCCAACCCGAGAACACUUCGACAACGAAUGCGCUUUGAUAAGCGAUGUUAUUACCGUAGAGAGAGUGUUUAGAGCUACUGCAAACCGUAUAGAGCGUUUAGAAAGUGUUCUCAUACCAGACAUGGACAAGGCCACACCGGGUGCAGGCCCUGAAACGCCAUUUGUUGGGUGGAAGUACUGGGCAGUUCAGCCCAGCCAUCGCAGCCGUGAGCUUCCGAAGCUGAUCAGUCGGUCGGACAUGGAGAAUUGGGUGUAUGGGCUGUUCAUGAAAAUUGUGCUCGCAACUCAUAGCCCGGAUAACAACGACAUUGAGCAAAUCUAUUCUCCUCUCAACAUCUCUAUACUCUUCCGAAUUCUCCACACCGUCUGGUCGACUAAAUACCCGGCACACUGGCUUGCCGACAUACUCGCGACGAUUCUGAACAACCAAGUCAGAACGACAGCAAGGCCAGCACGCAGCUACCCACUUUCCAUCAAACAGACAGAGAAGACAUUUUCACCCAGGUUCACGUACAACGACGAGGAAAUACAGAUAGGGAAGAAAUUCCCAUCCAAGUAUAUGGACCUAUCACCGUUCUUGGCUGAAUUCAGGACCCUCGCGACCCUCUGGCUAGCGGAGCUGCCCUUUGGCCUGACUGUCCCUGCUUCCCUUCCAUCUCCGAACGAUAUCAACCAAUACAGCGCGGUCCUUACCUCACAGAGCUGGCGCGGCGAAACGAAGGCCCCCGCCUUUGUACUCUUGCUUGCCAAAUCCUCCGCUCAUGCCGCCCUGCGUCGCAAUCAUGCACGUAGUGAUGGUAACCUCGAUUAUCGCGCCGCACUCUUGCCGGAUGAGAAGGGUCUGAAAGGUGAAGACGUCGAUGAAUUCCGCCGCAAUUGCGCCGUGAUUACAGUCUGGCAGUGGAGCAUGAAUAAGAAGCAGGCGAAGUUCUGGCUUGAUAGCAAGGAAGUCGAGCGAAUGAAGGAGGACGACUGGGAGAUUAUGGUUCUGAGGACGGAUAACUGGCAGACGUGUACGACUCCAGAGAAGCUUCAUGAGAAGCUGCGCAAGGAGGACGAGUGGACGGGGCUGGAUGGGUAAGCAAUUUACGCAGUGAUAUUUAACAUGUACAAGAUACAUGCCUGAAACUAUUCCUUAAAUCAAAGUUGUAGAGAUUUCUGUAGAC